GCGGCGGCGGCGGCGCAGGUGAGCGGGGCGGCCCGGCCGGGCGGAGCCCAGUGCCCGGUGCCGCGGGCGGCCGGCCGGAUUGGACUUGGCAAACAGCUCCAAGCAGAUUCUGUUCCCCAAGGCAGCUAUCACAGCUGAUGGGAUAACUGACCACUGGAUCAAUGAACAGAAAUUCCUUGAGAUGACAUAGUGAGGGGCAUCAAGGACAAUGGUGCAGAAAAAGAAAAUCUGCUCUCGGCUACUUGACUAUCUUGUGAUCAUUGGAGCCAGGCACCCAAGCAGUGAUAGUGUUGCUCAGACUCCUGAGCUGCUGCGGCGUUACCCUCUGGAGGACCACGCAGACUUUCCUCUCCCGCCCGACGUUGUGUUCUUCUGCCAGCCAGAAGGAUGUCUGAGCGUGCGGCAAAAGCGCAUGAGCUUCCGUGAUGACACUUCCUUCGUCUUCACCCUCACAGACAAGGAUACAGGGGUCACUCGCUAUGGAAUCUGCGUCAACUUCUACCGCUCCUUCCAGAAGCGAGUACCCAAGGAGAAGGGAGAAGGCACGGGGGGACAUCGAGCUCGAGAGGGACAGAAGGUCCCCAAGUCUGGGGAUGCAUCAGCACCCCCAGAGGAAGUGGGCACUGAGAGUUCAGAGAGUGGUUCUUCGCUGCAGGCUCCCAGUGCAGAGUCUACCCCUGACGUGAACCGAUCCCCGCGCAGCAAGCGCCUGGCCAAAGGCAGCCAUCGCUCUCGGAACAGCACUCUGACUUCUCUGUGCAUCCUUAGUCAUUAUCCCUUCUUUUCCACCUUCCGUGAGUGUCUGUACACCCUCAAGAGACUUGUGGACUGCUGUAGUGAGAGACUGUUGGGCAAGAAGCUGGGGAUUCCGCGUGGGGUGCAGAGGGAUACAAUGUGGCGGAUUUUCACGGGCUCCCUCCUGGUGGAAGAGAAGUCUAGUGUGCUGCUCCAUGACUUGCGGGAGAUCGAGGCUUGGAUAUACCGGCUGCUCCGCUCCCCGAUGCCCAUUGCUGGGCAGAAGCGGGUGGAUGUGGAAGUCCUGCCACACGAGUUGCAGCCAGCUUUGACCUUUGCUCUUCCUGAUCCAUCCCGCUUCACUUUGGUGGAUUUUCCAUUACAUCUGCCUCUGGAGUUAUUGGGAGUGGAUGCCUGCCUGCAAGUUCUGACCUGCAUCCUUCUGGAGCACAAGGUUGUAUUGCAGUCCCGAGAUUACAAUGCACUUUCAAUGUCUGUGAUGGCCUUUGUGGCCAUGAUCUACCCAUUAGAGUACAUGUUCCCAGUGAUCCCUCUGCUUCCCACCUGCAUGGCCUCUGCAGAACAGUUGCUUCUAGCCCCUACACCUUACAUCAUUGGUGUUCCAGCAAGUUUCUUCCUUUACAAACUGGAUUUUAAAAUGCCUGAUGAUGUAUGGCUUAUUGACCUGGAUACCAAUAGGGUGAUUGUUCCCACAAAUGCAGAAUCUUUGCCAGCACUGCCAGAACCAGAAGCUUCAGAGUUGAAAAAGCAUCUGAAACAGUGUCUGGUUAGCAUGACUGCAAUCACUCAGAAACAGCUGCUCACUCCUGACAACAAGGCCCUGGCCAGCAUGAGCCUGAAUACUCAGCCCAUUCUUAAUCUAGAGAAGUUUCAUGAUGGGCAGGAGGUGCCUCUGCUGCUGGGAAGACCACAGAAUGAUUUGCAGUCUACUCCCUCCACAGAAUUCAACCCUUUGAUCUAUGGAAAUGAUGUGGACUCUGUUGAUGUGGCUACCAGGGUUGCUAUGGUGAGAUUCUUCAACUCGCCAAAUGUUUUGCAAGGUUUCCAAAUGCAUACUCGGACUCUUCGUCUCUUCCCAAGACCAGUGGUAGCCUUCCAGGCAAAUUCUUUUCUUGCCUCUAGGCCAAAGCAAACGCCUUUUGCAGAUAAGCUUUCCAGAACACAGGCAGUAGAGUACUUUGGAGAAUGGUCACUCAACCCUACUAAUUAUGCUUUCCAAAGAAUUCAUAACAACAUGUUUGACCCAGCCCUAAUUGGUGACAAACCCAAGUGGUAUGCUCACCAGCUGCAGCCCAUCCACUAUCGAGUCUAUGACAGCAAUUCACAGCUGGCUGAAGCCCUGAAUGUCCCAGCAGAGAAGGAAACAGAUUCUGAUCCCACUGAUGACAGUGGCAGUGACAGCGUCGACUAUGACGAUUCAAGUUCCUCCUACUCCUCCCUUGGUGACUUUGUCAGUGAAAUGAUGAAAUGUGACAUUAAUGGUGAUACACCAAAUGUUGACCCUCUGACUCAUGCUGCCCUUGGUGAUGCUAGUGAAGUGGAAUUUGAUGAUUUUCAAGAAUAUUCAGGGGAUCCCGAUGAACAGAUCAUGGACAGUGAGAACUCCCAAGAGAAUAACCAGCCUCGUUCAAGUUCCAGUACUACAGCCAGUAGCAGCCCCAGCACUGUCAUCCAUGGAGUGAAUCAUUUGUAUGUAACGCAAAUUAGCGAACAGACCAAUGAUUUGACUGGUCCACAGGAGGCAGCAGACUCAGCAGAAAUAGAAGAGAAACUGGCUGCUGGAUUUUCAAACCAUCUCUCUUCCUUGCCACUGCAACCAAGCUUUCCCAAGAUAAGCUUGGAUCGUCGCGAGAGUGACAUUGCAGCUGGCAGCAUGAGCUCCUCAGAAGGGGUGGUGAGGAAGCGAGAGUAUGACAAUCCAUACUUUGAACCACAGUAUGGUUUUCCUACGGAGGAUGAAGAUGAUGAGCAGGAAGAGAGCUACACCCCAAGAUUUAACCAGAAUCUCAACGGAAGCAGGUCUCAGAAGUUACUCCGGCCAAACAGUUUAAAACUGGCCAGUGAUUCUGAUGCAGAUUCAGAUUCCAGGGCCAGCUCCCCAAACUCUACUGUCUCCAACAACAGCAGCGAAGGUUUUGGGGGCAUCAUGUCUUUUGCAAGCAGCCUGUACAGAAACCACAGCACAAGUUUCAGUCUGUCCAAUUUAGCCCUACCAACCAAAGUUGGGAGAGACAAGAAUACUCCCUUUCCCAGCCUGAAAGGAAACAGACGGGCCCUUGUUGAUCAGAAGUCUUCAGUCAUAAAGCACAGCCCAACAGUGAAAAGAGAAUCUCCAUCACCCCAGGGACGAACUAGCAAUUCCAGUGAGAACCAGCAGUUCCUGAAGGAGGUGGUACACAAUGUUCUUGAUGGGCAAGGUGUUGGCUGGCUGAACAUGAAGAGAGUCCGACGUCUUCUGGAGAGCGAGCAGCUCCGUGUGUUUGUACUGAGCAAGCUGAAUCGCACGAUCCAGUCGGAGGAGGAUGCUCGGCAGGAUGUCAUACAGGAUGUGGAGAUCAGUCGCAAGGUUUAUAAAGGCAUGCUGGACCUUCUGAAGUGCACUGUGUUAAGCCUGGAGCAGUCUUAUGCAAAUGCUGGCCUGGGAGGCAUGGCGAGUGUUUUUGGCCUGCUAGAGAUAGCACAUACUCACUACUAUAAUAAAGAACCAGAAAAGAGAAAACGAAGUCCUACAGAUGGAUCUGUCACUCCAGUUGGCAAGGAUCCUGCAUCAUCCCCAAGAGUGGAGCCAAAACCUGCGAUGCAGCUGCCGGUACCUCAGCUAAUGCCAAAGCCACCGAGCCCUGCAGGCAAAGGGCCAAGGGAGUUUGACACAAGAAGUCUAAAGGAAGAAAAUUUUAUUGCCUCCAUUGAAUUGUGGAACAAGCACCAGGAAGUGAAAAAGCAAAAAUCUUUGGAAAAAACGAGACCAGAUGGUGUUAAACAAUUUGAUUUGGGAGAAACAGAUGAGAAGAAAUCCCAAAUCAGUGCAGACAGUGGCCUCAGUCUGGCCUCAGGUUCUCAGAAGAGUGAUUUUGACUCUCUUCCCAGUGGAGGACCAACAGUUAUGGUCCGAAGUACAAGCCAGGAUUCUGAAGUCAGCACUGUGGUUAGUAACAGUUCUGGAGAGACAUUGGGAGCAGACAGUGACUUGAGUAGCAAUGCUGGUGAUGGCCCAAGUGUGGAAAAUGGUGGCAAUUUGGCAGGAUCCAGAGGCACUGUGUCAGACAGUGAAAUUGAGACAAACUCUGCUACUAGCUCUAUCUUUGCCAAGUCUCACAACCUGAAGCAGAGUGUGAAGGAUAGCAAAGGGACUACUCCAGGGAGAGGUCCAGAGGAUGGGAACCAGCGUGUCUAUCUGUAUGAAGGACUUUUGGGUAGGGAUAAAGGAUCUGUCUGGGACCAGUUAGAGGAUGCUGCAAUGGAAACCUUUUCUCUGAGCAAAGAGCGUUCAACUUUGUGGGACCAGAUGCAGUUCUGGGAAGAUGCUUUUUUGGAUGCUGUGAUGUUAGAGAGAGAAGGAAUGGGGAUGGACCAGGGACCUCAGGAGAUGAUUGACAGGUAUCUUUCCCUGGGAGAACACGAUCGAAAGCGUUUGGAGGAUGAUGAGGAUCGCUUGUUGGCUACACUGCUACAUAAUAUGAUUGCUUAUAUGCUUAUGAUAAAGGUGAACAAGAAUGAUAUUAGGAAAAAGGUACGUCGUCUAAUGGGAAAAUCACAUAUUGGAUUGGUGCACAGCCAGCAAAUAAAUGAUAUUCUAGACAAACUUGCCAAUCUGAAUGGACGGGAACUCCCUGUGAGACCCAGUGGCAGCCGCCACAUCAAGAAGCAGACCUUUGUAGUACAUGCUGGGACAGACACAACAGGAGACAUAUUUUUCAUGGAGGUAUGUGAUGAUUGUAUUGUGCUGAGAAGUAACAUUGGCACCGUGUAUGAACGUUGGUGGUAUGAGAAACUCAUCAACAUGACUUACUGUCCCAAAACAAAAGUGCUUUGCCUCUGGCGCAGGAAUGGUCAGGAGACACAACUGAACAAGUUCUACACAAAGAAGUGUCGGGAACUGUACUACUGUGUAAAAGACAGUAUGGAGCGAGCAGCAGCAAGGCAGCAAAGCAUUAAACCAGGCCCUGAGUUGGGUGGUGAAUUCCCUGUGCAGGAUAUGAAAACUGGUGAAGGAGGUCUUCUUCAGGUCACACUGGAAGGAAUUAACCUGAAAUUUAUGCACAGUCAGGUUUUCAUAGAGCUGAAUCACAUUAAAAAGUGCAAUACUGUGCGAGGAGUCUUUGUCCUGGAGGAAUUUGUUCCUGAAACUAAAGAAGUGGUGAGCCACAAGUACAAGACGCCAAUGGCUCAUGAGAUCUGCUACUCCGUGCUGUGUCUCUUCUCUUAUGUGGCUGCAAUUCGUGGAAAAGAGGCAGAAAACAAAAGCAAACCACCUCGACCAGUUUCCAGUUGAUCAUGAUACUUGGAGAUAUCUACCCUUUGGCACACUGAUAUGCAGUACUCCCAGUUUUACUGCAGUUACUGGAGCUCACUUUCUGUCUUUUAUGAGAACUUGAUUAUUUAUGUAUGACCCUGUAAGUCUUUCCCCAUAGAAAAACCUAAGCCUUCCCUGUUCAGUCUCCUUCUGAAUUCAUCCUUAGUGGAGUUUUUAAAUGAGCUUUUAAUCAGGCAGUUUUGAGCAUCUGCAUCCAGCUGUGAGUGACUUACUCUGGACGUUCCUUUGAAAUUCCUUUUUUUCUUAAAAUGACUAACAGCUUGAGUUUGGUUGUUUUUUGUUCUAGUGGUACUUGUUACAAUUUGAUCAUUUUACAACUGCAGGCUUCUGCUUUCAGAUUCUCUGGUAUGUGCACAGUGGAAGCAGCCUGGUCCUGUAUGUUGUUUCAGUGUUGUGUUUUUGUUGUUUUCCUUCUGUGUUGUUCAUUUUUAAUUACCAACACGGUGUUCCUGUCACAUAAUUCUACAGUCCCUUUUGGUAGAGAUGAAGAACAAUUUCACUGUCAUAGUCUUAAAAUAUCAUGUGACAGUUGAAGUUUGGUUAUUUAAUUGGCCCCUCUGUGGAGAUGACUGCUUCUCAAGUGACGAGAGAAACUUUGAAAGUAGUAUAAUGUAAAAAACGUCAACACUUCACGGGUUCUAUGGAUUUUCAAAUGGGUGUUUAGGUAACAUUUGCAGCUACCCCAGCAGUAGAGUUCACAGAUGCAAAUAAGUACUCCCUAAAGCAGUUAAUCACAGGGAUCAGAAAAUGAAUAAGGCAGUGUAAAACUUGGAAACAUUAUUGGCAGAAACACAGUACAGAAAUCUGCAGAACAUAUUCAGAAGCCCAGAGGAUUUUGCUGUCUCCAAAUUUUUUGAGAUCCUUUUUUUUUUUUUCAAUCUGUACCUGUAUAUGAAGGGAUCUUGAAAAUGUUGUGUUUAUGCAUAAAGAAACUCACGUAGUUAAAACUAUCCAUCACAUUCCUUAUUUUUAAUAGGCUGGGUAUGAAUGGUUUUUUCAUCCUGUUUUUGUUCUUGAACUGUACUGUACUUGUCUGGAAAGCUCUUAGGAUGCUGGAAGGUGAGACUAUCUAGAGAAAAUAAUGUUACAUGUAAAAUACCAGGAAAAAUUGCUCUGAAACAAACUGAUGUAUUGUGUGUUUUGACAUAGAAUUCUGACUAAAUGCACCCAAAAAUAACCCUGUUUUGGCUUGGUCAGGGUAUCUGCCAUUUAAAAUGGAAUAUACUAGUUUGGUUGAAGAUUAUGUAAAUACUAUAGUAUCACAUCUAUUUAUAGAAACUGUACAGCUCUCUGAAUGUGAAAAUAAAGUGUCAUUCAACCAGCAACUAGUUUUGAUCCUCCUGUGCUUUUCUAUCAUUUGUUUUUCUGAAACAAAUGUAAUUAUUUUCAAAAUACAUCACACACAUACCUGAAGUAGUGGAAAAGACUAAAUUGACUACAUAAAUUUCUUUCCAUAUAAGCAGCUUUAAAUAUUUUGGUGUUUCUUUUUCUUCUAACACAACAUCUGUGUCAUUAAUCUUUAAAAAGUGUUUGAAUAACAUGAAUAGGGAAAACAGACACAUCUGAAAUACAGAAAUUUCUUUUGCAUGCUUGUAAAUAGGAGUGGUACGUAAAUGAACUUUUAUGCUUUCCUAACAUUAAAACAAAACUUAAAUUGGCAAAUAAUGAAAUUAGCCUGGUUUGAAUUUACUUUCUUUCUUUUGUCUUAUGAGACCAUAAAUUUUCUUAUAGCAAUAUCUGAAUUUUUAGCAUUUGUAGUUUUCUGCGUACUACUGUAUUUCAAGGACAGUUAAGACUAAAAGCACUUUGGUCUACAAUAGAGGUUCCAUUUAUGCAAUGCUGGGUCCCAUUGUGGUGGACAAUUUCAAUUUUUACGUUAUAAUUAUGUUAGUAGGCCUAUGAACAUAAUCAGACUUACAGGGAGAAGAUUAUUAAAUGCAUAACAUCAUUUACUAUAUAGAGCUCCUUUUUAAAUUACAUAAGCUGCUGUCUGCUUCAGACUGAUGAGAAAUGCCAGUGCAGAAUAAAAUUUUAAAGGACCUGAUAAUAAAAAUUGCCCUCUAUUCCUUCUGACAGAUUUUUUUUUUUUUUUAAGUGCAAGUGUGGCUAAAUAUAGUCCUUGCUGUUUUGUGGUUGGGAUGAAUCAGUAACAAGCUCAGCAACUGCACUGGCACUGGGCUCCUGCUCUUUAGGUGAGACUUGGCUUCAAAACUGAAGACAUUUUUACAGUAUUUAAAAUCUUUUGCUUACUUGAUGUUGGGGGUGUAGCAUAUUCAUCUGACCUCAAGAUGUGCUGUGCAGUUUUCACCAUAAAAUGCCCAAUGCUGCUCUCUGGAUACCAAAUGC